AGAAGAACAAGACGAGGGAAAAAUUAAAAACCCGCUGCUCGUCUGAGCCGCUUUAGCCCCUCGAGUUAUAAAAAUAUAAACACGUUAUUGUGUCUGGCUCUGAGGAUUUAAAACCCUGAGGUUUUCUUUGAUUGAUUGAUUGAAGGUUUUGAUCAUCAUCUUCGAGAUUCAUCGCCCUCAACUCCUCACCCUCAGGACUCCUGGAGCAGUUUGUUUACACACACACCAUCACCACAUCAUCCUUUCUUCCACUCUCGAUAUUAUAUUAGGUUAUUUUAGAUUAAUUUACAUUAAGUAGUUAGGUUAAGGUUUAGGUUACUUAACCUAUUAUCUUUGGAAGAAGUUUUUUUUUUUUUUUGUCUUCUGUCCAGCAGGAUGCCGAGGAAGGGAAGGAGGUCCGAGGCAGCGAGGCGCCGAUGGAGGAAGCGCAACCUGGAGGAGCCAACUCCAGUCACUUCCCCCCCGAAGGUGGUUGGAUCUUCACCCCCAGCCCAGCCUUUCGGGAGCCUGGGUGAUGUGCGUCCCGAAGUUCGUGCACGCCGCGGUACCGGGUUCCGCCAUCGGGUGCGGAGGUGGCCAACUUCGAAGCUCACUGGACGGAGCCACAAGUUGGUCAUCCCACCGGAGUCUCCUGACAAGAAGUUCAUUCUGAUUGUCGGGGACUCCCACCUCCGGUCCAUCGCAGAUGGUUUCACCGUGAUGCCAGAAGGAAAGUUUUCUUUUGGUGUCCUGUCGACCCAUGGGGCCCACGCCGCUCAGCUGCGGACUGAGGUCCUACAUGCUAAUGUUCCUCGGUCCCCUGACGCUGUUUGUGUUCUUGCCCCUAGCAACAACCUGACCGCGAGCAGGACCAUCGACGAGGCAGCCGUCGAUUACGCAAGUUUCCUCACUGCUGUGAGGAGCCGCUGGCCGGAGGUCUUUGUGCUGGAUUUCCCCCCCCGUCUCCAGGAGGAUGAGACAUACCAGGUCCUCCUUCGUCAAGAGUACCACCGCGUGGCGGCUCGUAUGGGUGUGAGGUACUUCUCUGCGGCGGAGCACUUCCCCCUUACGCGCUUGGAUCUGUGGAGCAGAGACGGCAUUCACCUGAGCGAUCGUGAGGGGAUGGGCAUCCUUACCCAGCUGCUGUGGACCGCCACGGAGCAGUUCCUGGAGACACCACCACCUCCCCCGGUUUCUCCUAAGCUGGUUGUGAAGAGAGAGGUACGUGCUCCUCUGUCUCCUGACCCCUUCCAGUGGAAGGUCGUUGGUCAGAGCAGCAAGUUGCAGGUUCCUGGUCAGGCCAGCUUGGCUCAGCAGCAGGAGGAGUCCUUCCUCCCACUGAACCCAGUGUGGUUUAGUAGCAUGAUCCUUCGUGCUAUGGAGGAGGUGUCUCCUUCUCAGCUGUCUGGUGUGGAGGACUGCAAGUCUCCUCCAGCACGCAAGAAGGUGGCCUCCCCAGCGGCAGCCAGGCGUCGUAGGACCGCGGAGAGAUGCCCCCCCCACCGCCAGUCUCCUGUGAACAACCUGGUUGGAUCCCCUCCAGCCAGGCUGUCACAGAGACUGCAGGACGACGCCCCCUCCAGCCCGGUUCCACGGUCCAGGACCACGGAUGGACCAGCCCCCCGCACCCAAACUUCAGUGACCAACCUGUGUGAGGACAUGAAAACAGAGACAUCCAUGGAUGGAGAGACUUCAGAAGCCUGUGUGAAGAAAGAGGAGACGCUGGAGCUGAAGAUCUACAGCUAUGGAGCCGAUCUCGACAACCCACCUGAAGGUCUCUCCGUUAAAGUGGAAGAUCCUGACGAUAAAGACUAUCUCUACUGUGAAGUUUGCAAAUCCUUCUUCCUCAACAAUUGCGAGGUUCAUGGACCACCCCUCUUCAUCCCCGAUACUCCUGUUCCCAUGGGAGUCCCUGACCGAGCCAGACAAACACUUCCUCCUGGGCUAGAAAUCCAGAAGUCCAGUAUUCCUGAUGCAGGCCUGGGAGUGUUUAAUAAGGGGGAGACUGUUCCAGUAGGUGCACACUUUGGCCCCUGCCAGGGAGAGCUGGUGAACAGAGAGGAAGCCAAGAACAGUGGAGACUCCUCAGUUGUAUACAGGAGCAUGCAGUGUGAAGAAUACAUCAAUGCCAAAAGAGAGAUGCAUGUGAAUUGGAUGAGGUAUGUGAAUUGUGCCCGUAAUGAAGAAGAACAAAAUCUUGUGGCAUUUGAGUAUCAAGGGGGAAUUCUGUAUCGUUGCUGUCGAUCCAUUAACCCAGGACAGGAGCUCUUGGUGUGGUAUGAAGAGGAAUACACCAGAGAACUCAGUCCUGCACCUACAGGAACAACCAGACAGCAAGAAGUAAAGAACGCUCUGCUGCAAGUCUUUUCAUGCUCCACAUGCCCUCGUUCCGAUGCAUCUCCAAUUUACCUCGACAAGCAUAUCCAGAGAUGCCACUAUGAAGAGUACGUGAGACUGCGAGAAUCAGGAGAGAUUAAAUAUAAGCUUCAGAUCCCCUCCAAAUGCUCCAGUCGUCAACCAACAUCAACUGAUGAUAUCCAUUCUGAUACUUCCCAUAAUGAUAUACAGAAGGAAAUUCACCACUGCUCAGAUUGUGGAAAGAGUUUUAGUUAUCAGAAUGCACUCAAGACACACCAGUGCAUUCACACAGGAGUAGAUCCACAUCACUGCUCACAGCGUGGUAGGAAUUUUACUUACCAGAGUGCUCUCAAAACACAACAGCGCGUUCACGCAAGAGAGAAGCCGUAUCACUGCUCACAGUGUGGGAAGAGUUUUACUGAACAGUGUAAUCUCCGACAACACCAGCGCAUUCACACAGGAGAGAAGCCGUAUCACUGCUCACAGUGUGGGAAGAGUUUUACUUGUCAGAGUCAUCUCCGACAACACCAGCGCAUUCACACAGGAGAGAAGCCGUAUCACUGCUCACAGUGUGGGAAGAGUUUUACUCAGCAGAGUAAUCUCCAAACACACCAGCGCCUUCACACAGGAGAGAAGCCGUAUCACUGCUCACAGUGUGGGAAGAGUUUUACUUGUCAGAGUGCUCUCCAACGACACCAGCGCAUUCACACAGGAGAGAAGCCGUUUCACUGCUCACAGUGUGGGAAGAGUUUUACUCAGCAGAGUGCUCUCCAAACACACCAGCGCAUUCACACAGGAGAGAAGCCGUAUCACUGCUCACAGUGUGGGAAGAGUUUUACUCAACAGAGUGAUCUCCGACUACACCAGCGCAUUCACACAGGAGAGAAGCCGUAUCACUGCUCACAGUGUGGGAAGAGUUUUACUCAGCAGAGUGCUCUCCAAACACACCAGCGCAUUCACACAGGAGAGAAGCCGUAUCACUGCUCACAGUGUGGGAAGAGUUUUACUCAACAGAGUGCUCUCCAACGACACCAGCGCAUUCACACAGGAGAGAAGCCGUAUCGCUGCUCACAGUGUGGGAAGAGUUUUACUCAGCAGAGUGCUCUCCAAACACACCAGCGCAUUCACACAGGAGAGAAGCCGUAUCACUGCUCACAGUGUGGGAAGAGUUUUACUCAUCUGCGGACUCUCCAACGACACCAGCGCAUUCACACAGGAGAGAAGCCGUAUCACUGCUCACGGUGUGGGAAGAGUUUUACUCAACAGAGUGAUCUCCGACUACACCAGCGCCUUCACACAGGAGAGAAGCCGUAUCACUGCUCACAGUGUGGGAAGAGUUUUACUCAGCAGAGUGCUCUCCAAACACACCAGCACAUUCACACAGGAUAGAAGCCGUAUCACUGCUCACAGUGUGGGAAGAGUUUUACUCAUCUGCGGACUCUCCAGCGACACCAACGCAUUCACACAGGAGAGAAGCCGUAUCACUGCUCACAGUGUGGGAAGAUGUUUGCUUGUUUAGUUACAUUUAAGACCUUCAGGUGCACUAACUCAGAGACACUGCAUGAUUUAAAGUUGUCAAAUUAAAUAUGGUUAUUAGUUUUGACUGAAAAUGACCUGUACUUUGAACUUUAUUGUUCAUGUUACACUGGUCAACAAUUUUUCAGAAGUUGUCUGCUUCAGAGAUGAAGUUGGCUAUUAUGAAAUUUGGUGUGUUGAAUUAGAAGUGACAGUUAAUCAGCUGAUUGGCUAUGGCUUCCAAGAUAUUUAAGAUUUUAAAUUUUAUACUUAUGUACAUUGUGUAGAUCGUAAUGUUUUAAAUAUAAAUUGUAAAACUAGGUCUCGUGUUUAUGGUCGGUUUACAUGAUAUUUCACCUGUUUUCUUUAUGUAACACUAGAAAA